GUCUCUAUAUAAAGCCCUGCCACAUUGUCAGUUUGCUCUGCUCCUGCCUCAGACCCCCCCCACACACAACACACACAACCUGACUACGAGUAACCAUGGCUCAGCAACCAGUCAGUCUUCCUGCAAAACUCAUUAACGGAGGUGUAGCAGGGAUGGUCGGAGUCACGUGUGUGUUCCCCAUCGAUUUGGCCAAAACGAGACUUCAGAAUCAACGCAGCAGCCAGCAAGUGUAUAAAAACAUGAUGGACUGUCUGAUCAAGACGGUUCGGUCUGAAGGCUAUUUCGGCAUGUAUAGAGGAGCAGCAGUCAAUUUAACCCUGGUGACCCCCGAGAAGGCCAUUAAACUAGCCGCUAAUGACUUUUUCCGUCAUCAGUUCAGCAAAGGAGACUCCAAAUUGAGUGUAUUUAAAGAGAUGCUGGCAGGAUGUGGAGCGGGAGUGUGUCAGGUGAUCAUAACCACACCCAUGGAGAUGCUCAAAAUUCAACUUCAGGAUGCAGGAAGGCUUGUGGCUCAGAGGAAUGUAGCUGUGAUCCCGGCUCUGAAGCUCGGAGCAGGGAGCACGGUAAUAAACUGUGCCUAUAGCCUCGGACCAACCACACACAUCAGAAGAACCUCGGCCAUACAGAUCACACAGGAGUUACUGCGCACUCACGGAGUUCAGGGACUUUAUAAAGGACUCGGAGCCACGCUAAUGAGGGAUAUUCCAUUUUCCGUCAUCUACUUCCCGCUGUUUGCUCACCUGAACCAGCUGGGAAAACCAUCAGGGGCUGAAAAUGCACCAUUUUAUUGGAACUUCGCUUCAGGUUGUGCUGCUGGAUGUGUAGCCGCUAUCGCAGUCAGCCCCUGUGAUGUGGUGAAGACGCGGCUGCAGUCGCUCAAUAAAGGCGUACAUGAGGAGACAUACAGCGGGGUGAUGGACUGUGUCAGUAAGAUCGUUCGUAAAGAAGGCCCCGCUGCUCUGCUGAAGGGUGCCGGCUGCAGAGCGCUCGUCAUCGCUCCGUUAUUCGGCAUUGCACAAGUCGUUUAUUUCAUCGGUGUUGGGGAAUUCGUCCUGGGACAGUUUCCCAACUUCAGAAUCUAAAUGCCAAAAACCCAGACACUGGAACCACAUGAACAUUAAAGAUGAAAGUCUGUGGCAGCUACACUGUGAUCAUUUGGAGAAUGACGUGGUGUGAGUUUGAGAUUUUCUAUGGAAAUGCUAGCAUUAGUAUCUUACAGGUGGCUUUAUUCAGAAGCUGACACAAUGUUGUUUUUUUAAACAUUUUUUAAAAAUAUCUCCAGGACCAGCCUUCGAUUUCCCUCAAUGAGGGAAGAGAUGCCUUGGACACUAUUCAGUACUGUUUUUAAUAUGCCUUCAUCAGCUUCCCUCGAAGUAUAUUUUCUUUGAAUUAUACAGUUCUGUGCGCUUGCUAAAUAAGUUUAAGUUAUACUCCAAAAUCUAUAGUGAUGUAGAUUUGAUCCCUCAUCUAACAAACUUCACUUCUCAUCAAAGGGAAGUGGAGAAGGGAAGUUGACGAGGGCUUAUUAAACACACUACUGAGCCAAAGCCCCAUUGUCUUCUUCUCGCCUGCCUGUCCCAGUUUGUCUGAGACUUCAGAGGGGAAACAUUACAUUUCAGUGGGCAGCCUUGGACAGAGGUGUUUCAAUCCUGUCUAAAGUGUGUAGUCCAUUUUCAUGGGUGUGGUUACGAUCCCUUUCAAACAGAGUAUCCAAAAAGCUCAGAAUUUCAGAUGCUGCUUGGAAAAAAAUAUUGACUUGAGAUUUGCAGAAUCCAGGAUUGCGAUUUUUGCUAUCUGUUCAGACCAAGUCAGGAAAAAGGUGUAAAGAUAAUUCAUAUAGAGGCUCCCAAGUGGUUCAACAGAAAAGCAUCGCCCUAUUGUCAUAAUAUCGCGAGUUUGAAUCCAGAUGAUGCCACAGCCAUCUGUGGCCAGGAGCCAAGGGAGCAAAAUUGGCUGGUGGGAGGGAUGGCUUACUCUCUCUCCCCUGUCAAUCACAGCGAUACUAGCCAAUUAGCUGGCUUCAUAUGUCUCAGAGGAAGUACGUGUUAGCCUUCAUCCUUCCCGGUUGGUAGUUGUCGUAAGAUAAGGGAGAGCUGGUCGGUGGAUGGGAAUUGGCAGGUGACCAAACUGGGUAGAACAUGAGGGAAAAUCCGCCCACAUGCAUAACUCAUUUAAAUAUGUAUCAAGGUAUUUUCUCUAACAUUACAGUGUUAAUCAGUGACCUACCUCAGAAUCACUCAGUCAGGUCAAAAGGUCUGAAUUAACCAUUUUUCUCAACUGAGACAUGUUUAUCCAUAUUAGAGCCCGAUACCAGAUAUCCAUAUUAGAGCCCUAGACAGGCAACCAAGUGUGCACUACAUACACCCCUGUGUAUUCAAAAUUCUUUUAAUGUCACAGAAUAAAAUGGGUGAUGUUGUAUUCUGAAUAGAAUACCAUUUAAUUUUAUUGUACUCUUUUGUGAAGAUGUAAAUAAAAACCCAAAGUUGUACCACAUGAGUCCAUAA